AUGAUUCAUUCGUUAUACUAUUUAUUUCUUUCGCUUGUUUUACCUAUUGUGGUGGCUGGACUGUCAAAUAGCACAGCCGACUUGCAAUACAAGGGAGUAAGUAUUGGCGGAUGGUUGGUUCUCGAGCCGUAUAUUACUCCUUCACUUUUCAAAGAUUCCUUAUCAUAUAAUGAGACAGAAAAAGAUCUUCCGGUGGAUGAGUACCACUAUUGCAAAAAAUUGGGGCACGAUGAAGCGUCAAGACUUUUGGAAAAUCAUUGGAGUACAUUUUAUAAUGAAUCUGAUUUUAAGGAAAUCCACGACCAUGGUUUGAACAUGGUAAGGAUUCCUAUCGGCUACUGGGCUUUUGAAAAGUUGGAUGGGGAUCCAUAUGUCGCUGGAGCACAAAAAUAUCUUGAUAAAGCGAUUGAAUGGUGUUCAAAACAUGAUUUGAAGGUGUUGAUCGAUUUACAUGGUGCUCCAAAUACUCAGAAUGGGUUUGACAAUUCUGGGUUGAGAAAUAUUGGGUAUCCUGGGUGGCAAAAUAAGACAGAAUAUGUUGAUCACACUAUUGAGGUUUUGCAACAAAUCUAUGAAAAGUAUGGUUCUGGUGAUUAUGCAAGUAAUUAUAGCGAUACCAUUAUUGGAGUCGAAGUGUUGAAUGAACCAUUGGGGCCAAAGUUAAACAUGACCGACUUGAAAAGGUUUUACAUAGAGUCGUACAAUGAUGCAAGAAAUAUUCAAACGGUCCAAAAUUCGAUAUUGUUUCACGAUGCUUUUCAAAGUAUAAGCUACUGGGAUGACUUUUUCACAAAGGGUCAAGUCAAGUAUCACAAUCGCACGUUAAAUGAUACAGCAAAAUUUGAAAAUGUUGUGGUUGAUCACCAUCACUAUGAAGUAUUCGGAAAUGUUGUCGCAGACAAUGUCACUCAACAUUUAGAAAAUAUUCAAAAUUAUGCAGCAUCGAUAGGUAAAGAAAAACAUCCAGCAAUUGUUGGAGAGUGGUCCGCGGCUUUAACCGAUUGUGCUCCAUGGCUCAAUGGUAUUGGGCUAGGAACCAGAUAUGAAGGUACUGCUCCAUAUGAUAAUAAGGCUGCGGGUAAGUGCUCAGAAAUCACACGGAAUCCGUCGAAAUGGUCAAGCAAACAAAAGAAAGAUUACCGUAGAUUUGUUGAGAUGCAGCUCUAUCAAUAUAAUGCCCACACUAAUGGAUGGAUAUUUUGGUGUUGGAAAACUGAAGGAGAAGCUACCGAAUGGGAUUUCAGGGAAUUGGCAAGGUUGGAAAUAAUCCCACAACCAUUAGAUGAUUAUAAGUACACCAAGAAUGGAAAGGAUACGAGUGAAGGCUGUAGACUAGGAGUUGAUGGAGUUUUAAUUAAGACCUUGAUAGCACUUGUUGCAUGGUAUAUUUUAUAG